AUGUCUGCCGGGACAGUUCAGGUUGUUGGUUCUGCUGAGCCCAUUGUGGCCUUAGUUGGCGACGACGUCAUCCUGCCUUGCACCCUGAGACCCACCUUUAGCGCUGUGUAUCAAACAGUAGAAUGGCAGAGACCUGACCUAAAACCAAAAGAGGUGCAUCUUUACAGAGAUGAGAAGGACGACCUUGCGCUCCAGAAUCCAUCAUUCAGGGGAAGGACGUCACUGUUUAAAGAAGAACUAGAGGAAGGCAACGCUAGUUUAAAGCUGACCAGAGUGGAACUCUCUGAUGCUGGAAACUACACCUGUUACGUUCCACUGUUGGACCACCAGAAAACCACCAUUCAACUCAUUGUUGGUGAGUCAACACACCUGCUGACCACCCAAUCCCCCUUAAGAGACAGAUCACAUGAAAUCAAGGGUGCAGCGUCUCGACCAGUAAUCAUCAUUGAAGGAAUCAAAGGUGAUGAGGUGGUCCUGCGCUGUGAGGCUGAAGGCUGCUACCCAGAGCCUGUCAUGGAGUGGUGUGACGUUCAUGGACGUGUCCUCCCUGCUGCUGGACCUCCAGAGACAUCCAGAGACCGUGAAGGCUGCUACACUGUGACAAGCCAUGUCAACGUCCCGAAAACGGACAACAACACGUUCACCUGUCGGGUUCAACAGCCGGAGAUCAAACACAUGAAGGAGAGACGGGUUCAUAUUCCAGAUCAAAUGUUUCCUACGCAGUGCCAGUCCUCGUGGCUGACAGGUCUUGUUGCAGCUCUUGUUGGAGUUGCAGUUGGAGUUGCAGUUGUAGCUGGAGGUCUCUACCUGUUGAUAAAAAUAGGGAUGUUGACCAUCAGCAUGGAGCGUUGGACGUCAGUAAUGCAGAACCCUUAAUGAAGAAGAACAAGGAGACGACGAAGA